GCUAAUCUACGGCUCAAAACCUUGACGAGCCCCCUCGCACCUCCGCCUCACACUUGAGUUCAGCAUCUCUCUCUCUCUCUUUCUCUCUCUCCCCAGCACGAGGUGAGCUGAGCUGAGCCAUGGCGGAGCUGCCGCUGGCGGGGGGCUUGCUGGACCUGCGCCCCGGUGGCAAGCUCUCCCCGAAGCCCCCGCCCCCGCCGCUGCCCAUGCCCUGCCGCCGGAGCCCGCCGCGCUCCCAGGUCGCCGCGGCCGUGGCAUCGCCUUGCCGCGCCGUCCCCGAGCUCCACUCCACCACCGAGCUGGCGGACGGGAGCGUCGUGUUCCACUUCGCGCACCCGCCUGUGAAAGACCACCCGGAGCCCAAGGCGUCCGGCCCCGACCCUGGGCACGCGGAUGCCUCGGCCUCGCCGCGCCCGGAGCUGCGCGUCGAGGAGCCGAAUCCACACACGGCAGCUGACGCCGGUGAGAUUUCGCUGGCCUCGUCGGAGGCGCCCGAACAGGCCGUCAGCUCCGGUGUCGGUGUUGAAGCGGAGGCCGGGUUGGCUAGUGGAAGGGCAGUUCUCCCGGCCGACUGCCAGCUCGAUACUGACGGCAGUGGAGGUGAGCUUGGUGCCUCGGAGGAGAGUGAGGCUGUGGAGGCGGACACGACGGCGCCUGCUGGUUUGGAGGAGGUGGAUGCGGAUGCGGGAGCUUCGUCGGAAGGCUCUGUCACUCAGGAUUCCCACACUGGCGUGGAUGCAGAGUGUAGCAGCGACGACCAAGAGGCCACGGAAUCCGGAAUUACCAUCCCACCAGCAGCGGGAGAAGUUCACAACAAGGUGGAUCGGGAAAAGAACACUUCAGAAGUGAAGAGUUCUGAUAGGACGGUUCCAGUAGCCUCAUCGACGCUUUUGUUGACAUCGGGUGCUGCAAUCUUGCCUCAUCCUUCGAAGGCAGCGACAGGCGGAGAAGAUGCUUAUUUUAUUGAACACAAUGGUUGGUUUGGUGUGGCAGAUGGAGUUGGUCAGUGGUCAUUUGAAGGAAUCAACGCAGGACUUUAUGCAAGAGAGCUUAUGGAUGGCUGUAAAAAAGUAAUAGCGGAAAGUGAAGGAGGCUCUGAGCUUUCACCCGAGCAAGUUCUCUCCAAGGCUGCAGCAGAAGCAAGGUCUCCUGGUUCUUCGACUGUCUUAGUUGCUCACUUUGAUGGCCAGCUUCUUCAUGUAUCAAAUAUUGGAGACUCGGGGUUUCUGGUGAUAAGGAAUGGAGAAGUACACGCGAAAUCAAAACCAAUGGUUUAUGGCUUCAAUUUUCCACAUCAAAUCGAGAAAGGGGUUGAUCCCUUAACCCUUGUAGAGAAUUAUACCAUUGACAUAGAGGAAGGUGAUGUCAUUAUAGCAGCCACCGAUGGCCUCUUCGACAACGUCUACGAACAAGAAUCGGCAGCCAUGAUCUCGAAAUCUUUGCAGGCAGAUCUAAAACCAGCGGUAGAAUCAUCAACUUGCUUUCUAAGAGAUGGCCGAGCACCUUGCUGCCAGGGCACAUGAGGUAGGGAGGUCUGGAGCACGGAGAAGCCCAUUUUCAGACUCUGCCGUCGCGGCGGGUUACCUAGGUUUCAGCGGGGGGAAACUGGACGACACAGCCGUCGUUGUGUCGAUCGUCCGGAGAUCCGAAGCUUAAGCUGUAGAAGGCCCCCGAGGUGACAAGCUAUUAUUUUGGUCGCAGGCAGCUGCACGCACUGUCUGGGAAAGUGUUGCAUCAGUAGUUCAGAAAUUGCGCGACAAGAAGUGCAGUGGUGUGCAUGGCGAAGUUCGCCUAUGUAAGUAGUCUAAUCCAAGAAGCACAUGGUACAGCACACACCUGGUCUGGUUUGGUCUGGUCUGAUGAGCAAGGCGCAAUUCGCGCAUGUAAGUAAGUGAUCUAAAUUUAUGUUUGGUGUUGGUGUUCUUGUGUAAAUUUUGGGCUGUAGAAAUAUGAUGCAUGAUGCAUUUGAACUGUAAUAUUCACGAUCAAAACAUGAUCAGAAAUUCAUGGCGUCAAGUUGUUACUGGUA